AUGCCAAAAGCCCAACACAAAAAGCGGCCGUCGGCCUCCUCGUCUUCACCCUACAACAAGCCCGGCGGCGGCAGCGCCAACACGUCCUCUGCUCAGUCCAAUGCAAUCUUCAAGAUGAACACAGACCUAGGUCAACACGUGCUCAAGAACCCCGGCGUCGCACAAGCGAUCGUCGACAAAGCCGACCUCAAACAAUCCGACACGGUGCUCGAAGUCGGCCCUGGUAGCGGUAACCUGACGGUUAAGAUUCUAGAAAAGGCAAAAAAAUGCAUCGCCAUCGAACUCGACCCGCGCAUGGCAGCCGAAGUAACCAAACGAGUCCAGGGCACGACGCUUGGUCGCCGUCUGGAUGUCAUCCUGGGCGACGUGAUCAAGACCGACCCUCUCCCGUACUUCGACGUCUGCAUAAGCAACACGCCGUACCAGAUCUCGAGUCCUCUCGUCUUCAAACUCCUCGCGACCAUGCCGUCCCCGCGGGUUUGCAUCCUCAUGUUCCAGCGCGAGUUCGCGCUGCGCCUGUUCGCCAAACCCGGCGACAAGCUGUACUCGCGCCUCAGCGUCAACGCCCAGAUGUGGGCCAAGAUCGACCACAUCAUGAAAGUGGGCAAGAACAACUUCAAACCGCCUCCGGCCGUCGAAAGCAGCGUCGUCCGCCUCGUGCCCAAGAACCCACGGCCCAACAUCUCGUACGAAGAAUGGGACGGCCUGUUGCGGAUAUGCUUUGUGCGCAAGAACAAGAUCCUCCGAGCCAACUUCCUGGGCACAACGAGCAUAAUGAACGCCCUCGAGGCGAAUUACCGAACAUGGUGUGCACAGAAUGAUAUCCCACUUGAUGACGGACCUGUGGACGACACGACGCCAAUGACGGACGUGGAGGGUACAACUACACUUACCGCCCAGGACGACGACGGAGCCGAUGAAGAAUGGGACGGGUUCAUGGAUGUAGACGGUGGUGGUGGUGACGACGACGACCUUCCCGAGUUUUUCAAACAGCAGCAACAACAAUCACAACAAGCGCCAAAGGGACCCGGUAGGAAAAGAAGAGGCAAAGUCUCCGAGUUGGUACGCGAGAAGAUCCGAUCAGUCCUCGAAGACAAGACACAACUUGCCGACAAGCGAGCCAGGAUGUGUGAGGAAGGGGAUUUUCUCAAGUUGUUAUAUCACUUCAAUCUCGAAGGCAUCCAUUUCCGGUGA